GGCAACUCUUGUUCUGAUGGAAGCGUCAUUAAUAUUAGAGCACUGGAAAUUUAGCCAAGCGCUCGAAUUUAACUUUUAAUUUAAACAGCUAAUUAAGACGACAUGUCUAACCAAUUCAACACUCGCAAGCGCCUUAUGGCAAUGUUAGCAAAUGAGAUGCGGUUGGAGCAAGAGGAGAAUGCCAUAGCCAAACAGAGCGCCAAAUUUCACAGCAAAUUUGCAACAACCAUGGAAAAUAUUAAACGACAGCAACAUGAAUCGAAAAAAUUAAAUACACUAUUAAACCAACGACGCGAUGAAGUCGAGAAACGCAACGCUCUAAAAAAUGCUGUGCGCGACAAACUGGCAGAGGAGGAGCAGCAUUGUGCUGAAAUGCAGGCGCAGCUGGGCAAAAAGAAACAAGAGCGGGACAAGCUUAUUGCCUGCGCACACAUUCUGAGUGAAGCCGCCAAUACGUACAUCAACCGAAAGGCUUUGCCCGAACGUGUGAAAGGUGUCGCAGUUUCACCCGAUAAUGGCCAGUGGAUACCCUUUGAUUUUAAUGCACACGAUCGCCAGGGCUUGGCAGCUCUAUGGACGCAAGUGAAUCGAUCAAGUCGCAAUAUCAACAAGUGGCGCCAACUGUCGUCUGUAGGCAAUUCUUCAAUGCCAGCUCCAAGCGGAAAGGAAAACGCCAACGUCUCAAUGACAUCUGUAAUUGAGAUUGAUCUUACAUCGCCGCCAUCCCAAAAAUGAUUGAUUUGUGGCGCAAAUGCAAGCAAAACAAGUUUAAUCGAAAAACAUGCAUUAUUUUAAGUCGUUUCAAUUUAUUAUCUGUUUAUUUGCAUUAUCUUUAAGAGCGCGUGUUUCAUAUAAUAUAUGUUUUAAUGUGACUGCGAAAUAUACAAGGCUAUCAGUACGUCAUGCAUCAUGCCUGGUUCCCUUUGGAUACCCUUUGCUUUUGAUGGACACGAUCGUGAUAAAGGAAAGGAAACGCCAACAACAUAAUGACUAAAAUUGAGAUUGAUCUUAGGUCGACGCCGUCUGAAAAAUGAUUUAUUUAUGGCAGAAAUGCAACCAAUAGCAAUGUAAUCGACAAAACCUAUAUUUAUUUAUUCUUAUUGUGUCAAUUAAUAAUCUGUGUAUAUUAUAUUGAAAAGCGUGCGAUUCAUAUAUGUUUUAA